AUGGCAGGAAAAAAGAAGAAAUCUCUGGCCAACAAACUGGCGAAAAUGUCCGAUGAAGAACGGGCGCGCUACCUGCAGCACAGGGCUGAAAUGGAGGAAGAAGCGAAAAGGCGCAAAGAGCAAUUGAUUGCCAUUUUCAUGAAGAAAAAAAUCAAGAAGGAAGAAGCAUUUGCUCGCCUGAACUUGGCCAAAAUCAACCAAAACUGGCACCAAAUAAUGAGGACCAUCAAGGUAAAGGAAAUGAAGAGCGACGUGGAGUAUCUGAAGGCCUGGAUUGAAAGGCUGGUGGAGAACAAGAACAAUCGAAUAGCCAAACUGAUGGAAGAACUGGAGGAUGCAGAGGAGCAGUAUAUGAAUAACUUCAACUCCCAUUCGCGGCACUUGGAUGAAAUAAUUGGUGAGGCAUCGAAAGAUAGUGUCUGCUGA